GCGCGAGGUUUUAGUUUCUGCGGAGGAGGAGAUGAUCGACGAUUCGUCUCUUACGGCGGAGAUGGAGGAGGAAGAAUCUCCGGCGACGACGAUUGUACCGAGAGAGCCACCGAAGAUUCAACGCUUAGAAGAAUCAGUAGUCAACCGUAUCGCAGCUGGUGAAGUAAUCCAGCGUCCAGUUUCAGCUGUGAAAGAGCUCGUUGAGAACAGCCUCGACGCCGAUUCAAGUUCCAUAAGCGUCGUUGUCAAAGACGGUGGUUUGAAACUCAUUCAAGUCUCCGACGACGGUCACGGUAUUAGACGUGAAGACUUGCCGAUACUAUGCGAGAGACAUACAACAUCGAAGCUGACUAAGUUUGAGGAUUUGUUCUCUCUGAGUUCAAUGGGAUUUAGAGGAGAGGCAUUAGCUAGUAUGACCUAUGUUGCUCAUGUUACAGUGACUACUAUUACUAAAGGCCAGAUUCAUGGUUAUAGAGUGUCUUAUAGAGAUGGUGUCAUGGAGCAUGAACCAAAGGCGUGUGCUGCUGUCAAAGGAACACAGAUAAUGGUAAUCUUUCAAAUCUGGUUAAGCAAAGAGCGGGGGAAACGAUUUUCUUCGGUAACUUUCCAUGUUUAUGUAUGAUUUAGGUGGAGAAUUUGUUCUACAAUAUGAUUGCUAGAAGGAAGACACUUCAAAAUUCUGCUGAUGAUUACGGGAAAAUCGUGGAUUUGCUGAGCCGGAUGGCUAUUCAUUACAAUAAUGUCAGCUUUUCUUGUCGAAAGCAUGGAGCUGUUAAGGCUGAUGUUCACUCAGUCGUGUCACCUUCAAGGCUUGAUUCAAUUAGGUCUGUAUAUGGAGUAUCAGUUGCAAAGAACUUGAUGAAAGUAGAAGUUUCCUCCUGUGACUCCUCUGGUUGUACUUUUGAUAUGGAGGGUUUCAUAUCCAAUUCUAACUAUGUUGCUAAGAAGACUAUAUUGGUGCUUUUCAUUAAUGAUAGAUUGGUGGAAUGCUCUGCCUUAAAAAGAGCCAUUGAAAUUGUUUAUGCUGCAACAUUGCCAAAAGCAUCAAAACCUUUUGUCUACAUGUCAAUCAAUUUGCCACGGGAACAUGUUGAUAUCAAUAUUCACCCAACAAAGAAAGAGGUUAGCCUUCUAAACCAGGAAAUCAUUAUUGAGAUGAUACAGUCAGAGGUUGAAGUAAAACUGAGAAACGCAAAUGAUACUAGGACGUUUCAAGAGCAGAAAGUGGAAUACAUUCAAUCUACGUUAACAUCUCAGAAAAGUGAUUCUCCAGUUUCUCAGAAGCCUUCUGGACAAAAGACACAGAAAGUUCCUGUGAACAAAAUGGUGAGAACAGAUUCAUCAGAUCCAGCUGGAAGGUUACAUGCCUUUUUGCAACCCAAGCCACAAAGUCUCCCUGACAAGGUUUCUAGUUUGAGUGUAGUAAGGUCUUCUGUAAGGCAAAGAAGAAACCCAAAGGAAACUGCUGAUCUUUCUAGUGUCCAGGAACUUAUUGCUGGAGUUGACAGCUGCUGCCAUCCAGGUAUGCUGGAGACUGUAAGGAAUUGCACAUAUGUUGGAAUGGCAGAUGAUGUUUUUGCUUUAGUUCAGUAUAACACCCAUCUAUAUCUAGCAAAUGUGGUGAAUCUCAGCAAAGAGCUAAUGUAUCAGCAAACUCUUCGUCGUUUUGCUCAUUUUAACGCAAUACAGCUUAGCGAUCCAGCCCCUUUGUCAGAGUUGAUAUUGUUGGCUCUGAAAGAGGAGGAUCUAGAUCCAGGAAAUGAUACAAAAGAUGAUCUGAAAGAAAGAAUUGCUGAAAUGAAUACAGAACUCCUCAAGGAAAAAGCAGAAAUGUUAGAGGAGUAUUUCAGCGUGCACAUUGACUCCAGUGCAAAUUUGUCAAGGCUUCCUGUGAUACUCGACCAGUAUACACCUGACAUGGAUCGUGUUCCUGAAUUUUUACUAUGCUUGGGAAAUGAUGUUGAGUGGGAAGAUGAGAAGAGUUGCUUUCAAGGAGUUUCUGCAGCUAUUGGGAACUUUUACGCCAUGCAUCCUCCUCUUUUGCCAAACCCAUCGGGUGACGGUAUUCAGUUCUAUAGUAAGAGAGGUGAGAGCUCUCAGGAAAAGUCAGAUUUAGAGGGUAACGUCGAUAUGGAGGACAAUCUUGACCAAGAUCUUCUGUCAGAUGCUGAAAACGCAUGGGCACAACGUGAAUGGUCAAUCCAACACGUGUUGUUUCCGUCAAUGAGAUUGUUCUUGAAGCCACCAGCUUCCAUGGCUUCAAAUGGGACUUUUGUAAAGGUAGCAUCCCUUGAAAAGCUGUACAAGAUAUUCGAACGAUGCUAACUGAAACCGCUGAUUGUAGAAGAACUUUUGAUAUGAGUAGCUUCCAUUUGCUCUAACUAUGUUUCUAGACUUUGAAUGAAAGUGGAACCAGUUUACGGUUAAACCAAACUGUGGCACACACGACUGACCAAAACCAUAACAAUCAAACUCAACCUUUUCCUGUGA